AUGUUUGAAGAAUUUAAUGAGGAAAACAUUAAUGGAGUUAAAGUAAAAAUGCCAGUUAGAUCUUGUGUUUUCUGUCCGGGAGGAAGAGGUAUGGCAGCUAGCACUAAUGAUGAUGAACCUAUUGUGCAACCUCAAACUUUAAUUGGAACUCACCAAGAUAAUAGUAAAGAGUUAUCAGGUAUGUUGAACGGCAUUGCUCAUGAUCCUAAAUUAGCCAAAAAGUUAGAGGGUAGAGAAUUAGAAAAUAUUCGAGACAUGGCAAGGAAACUAAGAAACCCUGAUGAACCAUACAUUCAAGGUUUAAGUGGUGGGAGUAUGGAAAACUUAGAUCAGGUUGAAGAUAUUAUUAAUGCUGAAUUACAUAGAAGAGAUGAUUUGGCUCAAAGGAUAGAGGAUGAAAAAGAUUUUCUGAACCAAAGGAGACAAGAAUUAGAAAAUCAGAGAACCGAACAUGAAAAUGAUCGAGGGGUUAGAAGUGAAGAGUUAAGAGAAAACCGUGCUGAGAUAGGAAGAAAACAACAAGAGAUUAGGAACAUUAAUAAAGAAAACGCCGAUAUUAGAAAAAACAUAACUCAAUGUUUAAAUGAUAUUCGAAACACUGAAACUAAAGUUAACCGUUUAACUGGAGAAGUAAAUCAAGCUCGAACCAAUGCUAAUUAUGCCAAAACUGAAGAAGAUAGGAGAAGAUUACAAGCACAAGCAGAUAAAUUACAAGGGGAACUGAAUGAAGCACAAAAUGAAUUAAAUAGACAUAGAAGUCGUUUACGAGAAUUACAACAAGACUUUGAAAAUAAUCGAGAUGAGAUUAAUCGAGUGCGAGAAAAUAUUGGUGAAUUAGAAAAGAGAAAUGACUUGUUGAAUAAGCAAAAUGAAGAAUUAGAUAAAGCGAUUAAAGAAGCCGAUAAGGGAACAAAAGAACUUGAAAACCAAAUUAGGAAAAAAGAUAAAGACUUGGCUGAGCAACCGGGUGGGAGUAGUAGGAGUUAUACACCACCGAGGGAUGAGCCGAAACCUACGGAAGAUCCUACAAUUUACGUUGAAAUUGAAGAUUAUGCUUGA